CAAAACUCAUACAAAAUGCGCGCCGUCUACGACUUGUUGCUGAGCAACGCAUUCGAUCCCAGCAUGGUGCUACAGAACCACAACAUCGUGGUGGCUCGCUCCACUUUGACUCCGAACAACAGCAGCCAGAACUUUAUCUCCCACUCCCACCAGGGCGGACAGCCAGGUGGCGGUGGCGGUGGCGGUGGCAGUGGCAGUGGUAGUGGCGGACGCUAUCCAGUGAAUGCCGGGCCAGGCAAUCAGCGGCCCAUCGUGGAUCUGCUCGUGGCCAUGGUGGCUGUGCCGGUGCUCAUACUGUGUGCCCUGCAGCUGGAGAAGAAUCUGCACGACAUGCACAACAGUCCCGAGUCGCGUUGGCUGGUCUUCGCCCUGGGCAUCGGGAUGCUGGUCAUCAGCGUCAUCAUCUGCGGCUAUGUGACACAUCGCAUGGGCGUCUGCAUCUGGGCCGGGCCCAUCGACGAGGCCGGCAAUCGCGCCGGCUCUGGCGCACUGCAUCACAUCAACUCACAGAACGAUGUGCUACGCAUUGUGGACUCGCUGCCGCCGAGCUACGAGAGCGUGGUCAAGUGCGAGCUGCCGCCGCCGGCCUACGACUGCGUUAUGAUCGAUGUCGACCCGUGCAAGGAUAUGCAGCCGCAGACAUCCAGCAAGGACGCACGCGCCGCUCAGGCAUCCGGCUCCGGUUCCAUUUCCGUUUCCGUCAACAUGCCAAACGCCACACUGCACAUCUAAAUCUGGAAGGGAUGCAGCCAGCGAUGGCGACGGCGGUGGCGGCGGCGACGGAGGAGAGAGAAACAAAGAGAUUUUUCGCUUGUGGCAUUGAAUUUGUCCAGACUUGGGACUCGUACUUCACCUUUCUACUGCAUUGGCGCCCCCUAUCGGCCGCCUCUGGCUAUUGGCUAAACAUAUGGCGUUGUAUUUACUACAGUCUAAGAUCUUAGAGUAUUGUUAUCCGUAGCGCAUUCUCUGCACAGCUAUAUCUACACAUAUAUAUUUAUACAAAUAUAGAUAUAUAUGCGUAUGUGUAUACAGACAUUCAUAUGUCAAACAAUUUAACAAGAUCGGACAAAUUUGUUGUUGUUGUUGUUGCUGCAGUUGAAGCUGUUGCUGUUGUUGUUGUUGUCUUUGUCGCCAGUGCAACGCCGGAAUAUAUAACGUAAGUGUCCAUAAUGACAUACAUGUGUAUGCUUUUGCGUGUGUGUGGUUGUGUGUGUGCCAGUGUAUUUGAUACAGAGUAAGGACAAGCCGUUAGUCCUGGGGCUGGGGGUGUGGCUGUAAGGCAGCUUGCAAAUCGUGAAAGCCGAACGCGUAUACAAUAUAUAUAUAUAUGUAUAUAUAUAGGAGAUAUACAUAUGUCAAACUUUUAAUAUAUAUAUUUACAUACAUACAUAUAUGUAUUUUGUUAAUAUAUCUAUAUUUUUGGAGCUAACUGAUCCUAGGGAAACCAUCCCACACUAACUCAAACAAUCCCCUCUCAUGCAACACGCCUUGAACAUUGAUCGAAGCGACCUAAGCAGAGACUGACCGUAGAUUAUAUAGAUACAGUUUACACAUAUUUUUCUUCGUCUUUAACUAUAGAUUACAGAUGACAGGUUCUAUGUACAAGAAUCAAGAGGCCGUGUUGGCGUGGGAAGAACAGAAAGUGACCAACAAAUGAACGCAAUGAGCAACUAGCAAAAUGAACGAGUACAAUUCACGUCUUAUUUUUUUUCUUCCGUUUCGUUUAGAAGCAGGUUUUAGUAAAUUAAAUCAUUCUUCAUUAUUAUUUU